UCUUCUCCUCUCUUCGACUCAGGCUGAAGGAGCUGAAGCCAAGCCUAUGGCUGGUAAACUUUGGUAAACAACAAUCUUUUUAAAACAGAUUAUCGUUUCGUAAUAACUUCUUCGCUGUGAGAAAAUUGAAUGAAUGAAUUAUGGUCAAUUUUUCACGCUAUCGUGUUACAUCUCAAACGUAUUUCAUCAUACGGCAACCUCAUAUAUUUGUAACCGGUAACCAGCUGCACUAGGACAUCAGUUCAUUCGUCGUUGACGUUCUUGUAUGUUUGUGUGCCGUUCCGCUCCUAUUUUAAGCAGCUAGCGGGGGAAAUCCCCUUAAUGUUUAGAAAUGUGUGUUUUUUAAGAGGCAUUUAUCACUAUCUGGUUAGUAUUUGCAGAAGACAUCUUGGCAAGAUAAUCAGUUUAUCAUAAAAUGAGCGGCUUUGCUGUUGACUCUACAUUUCAAGAGAGGCUAAACAUGAAAGACCCUUCCACUGCUAGUUCUAGGAUAUUUGUUGGGAGUAUUCCUCAUGAAAAUGUUGAUCGUCAGGACAUAGAGGAUGCCUUUUCCAGAUUUGGGAAAGUUACUGGAGUGCUGUUGAAUCGAGGUUUUGGAUUUGUACAGUUUGAAAAUGAACGAAGUGCCAUUGAAGCCAUUAAUGAGCCGGAUAUUAUAUUUAAAGGCAGGAGGCUUGAUGUCAAACAAGCCAGAGUCUUCAAUAAAGCUGGUAGGGACCUGAGGGAUGAAAGAGACCGAGAUAGUUACUGGGAUGAUCGAGACAGGGAAAGAGAGAGAGACCGAGAUAGGGAAAGGGAUCGAGACUACAGAGAGGAUAGGGAUAGAGAACCUUAUCGUGAUCGUUCGCCUUUGGAGGAUAGAGCCAGGGAACGACGUGAUGAUAGGGAUUGGAGACCAAGAGAGCGUGAGCGCUUUGACACUUUUCCCAAGGCAACUACUGAGAGGGAUCGGUUUUAUGAUACUCCAAGAGAUCGGUAUCGUGAAAUUGAUUACAGAGACAGACCAGCGGAAAGGUUCAGUGCACCUGUUUACCGAGCUGAAGUCAUAGAUUCUCGCAGCCUUCCUAUUCAAACCCCAGGAAUGGAUAGAACUAAUGAUUGUGAAAUAAUUGUCAUCAACAAAAAACAAACACGCUAUGCAGAAUUUGUUGAAGAAAAACUGAAAAAAUUAGGAUUGACUGUGGAUAUAUUAUAUCCAAAUGAGGAUGUUCAAAUGUCCCGUGUUCUUGGGAACAUAAGCAGUCGUGGCACGCUCUAUGCAAUUAUGAUUGAGCCAAUAAAUGAAGAUCAUGACUCUCUUACAGUAAAUAUACUUCAUGGUACACCAGAAGCUCACCGUAAUAUGCCAUUAAAGGAUGCUAUCAGCCUUAUAACUCGUAACUUUGAUGACUAUAAACAGUCCAACAGAAAUGACAAAGGAAGUGCUGCAGGAAGACCUGUUCCUGUUCCUGUGGUCCCAAUCCCUGUAGUUGGACCUGCAACUCUUGUUCAGGAAAAACACCCAGAUCCAAUUCAGGCUCUUCUAAAGUUGCUGGCUGAUAAUUGUCCCCUGACUGUACUUCAGUAUGAUAAAGUGAUAGCUUAUCUUACUAGUAAACGAGAGCUUCAAGUUCGUAUUGAGCUUGGCGAAAGUGAAGUAAAUUCAACUCCUCUACCUGUAGCAUCUCGAGAGUCCCCAACUGCUGACAAACAAGCAGAAUUACAAAACCGAAUAAUGAGUAUUUUGAGUGCAAAGGGAGCAUCUACAAGCGGGCCAUCCUUACCUACUGUGUCUGUUCCUCCACCAGCUCCUGUUCCUGCACCUUCAUUACCUAUCACAGUUUCUUCAGGUAUUUCAGCUGCAUCAAGUUUAGCAUCUGUCAUAGCUGCAUCUUCUCCGGCCCCAGUGUCUACAGGUUCAUGGAACCCCCCAAAGCCUCAAACAGAUUCAGCUACACCAAUAUUGAGUGACCCUAAUGUUCAGAAAGCAUUGGAUAGCCUGAUGCAAGGAAAUCUUCUACAGCGGCUUGUAGGAUCUUCUAGCAUUAUUACUUCAAACUCAUCAACUAUCACUACAUCAUCCAACAGUCUACCCUCAGGCCCUCUCUUCAAUGCCUAUGGUAACCCGGCAUCUAAUUCGAAUCAUGUUGGUGGCCGACGAUUUUGAUAGGGUGUUAAAAUUAAGCAGAGUAUCUUUUGAAUCUUAAUCCUAGCUUUGUCCAGUUUCAUUCCUUUCAUACUUUUGAUCUGAGAAAAGUUGACCUUGCUUCACUAGAGUUACAUUACAACUGUCCAUGUGUUUUAUGGUUUGUCAGUUAAGCCACUGUUUGUGCACAGUCCAAUGCUAGCAUUUAAAUUUUUUUCAGUUGUCAAUAACACCUUAACUGAUCAGGGAGACAAAAGAAUUUAUAAAAUGAUCUUUUGCUAGUGAUAUCUUACAGUUAAAGUUGUUAUUUCAAAAUUGUGUGUAACAUUCAUGCAAUUUUGAUUUUUGCAUUGUUCCACUACAUUUUUUUAUGAUUCUUAAAUAGCGGGUUCCUUCCUUGGCCUUAAAAUGUUUAAUCCAAACCUGUAAGAUUUUGGUGGAUAAACAACUGGCGCACUUUAGAACUAGAAAUUCAACCUGCAAGUUCAGAUGUUUUCCUUGAGAGCUGUGUGUUUUUUCAAUUAAGAAUUUAAGUGUUUUAAUCUCUUAACUUAAGUAAAUCCCGCAAGAUUAUGGCAGUCAGUCACCAAUGUGUGAUGAGAUCCUGUCAAGUAUUAGUUCUGUAGCUGGACUAAUCUUGUCUUAAUUUUACAUUUUCCACAAGAUCAACUUUUCUUCUCUCUCUCAAUCGUUUUUUGUUGUUGUUUUGUCAAUCAUUUGCAAACUACUUCAUCAGCAAUGUUCACUACGUGUACUCACAACUUAAGUGGAAAAGUGUUGUUUAGUUGUAGAUCAGUUGGUCUAAAUAAAAAAAAUUUUAAUGUG